GAGAGCCCCGCGGGCAGGGGAGGAGCAGCGGGAGGAGCGGCAGGAGGCGGUGUGCUCCUGCCUGCCGGGGAUGCGUGUGUGCCUGUGCGUGUCUGCGCGCCGCUCUCCUCGGCAUCGCUCGGGUCGCUCCUGGCGGUGCCUCCAGCCGCUCCCGGCGCCGGCGGGAAUCGCUUUUCCCGGCGCGGCCGCUUCUCGCUGAGUCCCGGGAAGAGCGUGAGUGAGCAGCGGCUGGGAGCGAUCACCUGACACAAGCCAUGUCCCUAACAAAGCGUUGGUGAAAAAGUAGAAGAUUUCUGGGAUACAGCAGCGCCAGUACUGUGAAGCCGCUUCUGCAGGUCAGGAGCAGCAUUUGUUGGAGGAUGCCGUAGCCCAGGAGGUGAGGCUCAUGGGGACGAGGUCGAUGGCUUGCAUGGAGCUUCUCUACCUGGCCGAGGAGAGCAGACAGGUGCCCCUGGGCACCGCUACUGGCUGGAGCCUGCCCUCCCAUCCUUCCGAGCAGCAGCAGUGUGAGGGGGGUGAGCUGGACCCCAGAGCAGCCGCUGCCGUGGCAGCCCUGCACUGUGAACGGCACUGCAAGCCCUUGCAGAGGGGCCCUGUGGCUGAGCCCCCCCUGGCACCCCAGCCCCCCUCCCUGGGCACCUCGCCCCAGGAGCACCCUGCACCCUCCAGCACCUCCCAGCCCUGCCACCCAGCCGAGCGCUUGCCCAGGGAAGAGGAUGGAGGGAAGAAGAAAGCCUGCUGCUGUGCCCAGGAACUUGAGACGUCGUUCACCUGUGUGGAUGAAAAUGUAAAUCUGGAGCAUGCAAGAAGUGCCCCCACUCCUACAGGUGGCCAGGAUGCCCCUCUGCAGCAGCAUUCCUGCAGGGAGCUGCCGCCUGAAUGGGUGCACGAUUCUCCUUCCUUGGUCUCCGAGGAGGACGAUGCUGCCUCAGAGGCAGCAGCUGGGAAAUCCGUUGACUAUGGAUUCAUUAGUGCCAUUUUGUUCCUGGUUAGUGGCAUUUUGCUGGUGAUAAUUUCCUACGUGGUACCCAGAGAUGUGACUGUGGAUCCCAACACGGUGGCUGCCCGGGAGAUGGAGAGGCUGGAGAACGAGAGCGCAAGGAUCGGUGCUCACUUGGACCGCUGUGUUAUCGCUGGGCUGUGUCUCUUAACCCUGGGGGGCGUGGUGCUCUCCAGCCUGCUGAUGAUGUCCAUGUGGAAAGGGGAGCUGUACCGGAGGAGCAGGUUUGCAUCCUCCAAGGAGUCUGCAAAGCUGUAUGGAUCUUUCAAUUUUAGAAUGAAGUCUGGUGCAAAUGAUAAUAUGCUCGAGCUGUCGUUAGUUGAGGAAGAUGUACUUGCCAUAGAUAAUUAGUGUGGUCGUGAUUUUUAAGGCAGCAUUUCUACAGGAAAAUAUGUUUCAUUAAAGAAAGCAGAUGCAGCUAAAGAUAGCUGGUGAUGCAGUUUAUUUGUCUGACAAGAAUGGUGUUAUCUUAAGCUCUAUAAUCAAAUGUUUUCAAUAUAUGAGUACUUGUUGUAAAGGGGAACUGUGCCAGAUGAAAUGCAAAUGAUAUAAAAUAAUGAAAACCACUGAAUAAAAAGAGAUUUGUGAUAAGUAGGUUCCUCAGAUACUCGUUUAUCCUAAUAUAAAACAUUCCACUGGUGUCUUGCCUAUAUAAUUUUCUUAUUACUCCCAUAUAGAACAAGAAUGACCUUGACACUUUGGAAGCUGUUUAUUUUUGAAGCCUGCAGAAUUAUUAACAGUCUACUUGACAGAAUGUUAAGAAGCAGGACCAAUAAUCAAACAGUAGGGCUAAUAUUUCAUUAAGAGAUACUUUUUUAUUCUUUAAUUUUAAGCAGAUUCCUUCUCUUCAAUUAAGUGACAGCUAUGGGAAGAAAGAACACCACUUGGUCAUGACUGGCCACAAACCUCCCAUAUUUUCAAACAAUUGUACAAUUAGUGAUAAUUAUUUAAAAUAUAAAAUAAGAGGCAAAGGGCAGGAAACCAUAUGGCUCAUGGUACUGGUAGGAGACAAAAGACUCUUUCAGCUUGAGGUCAGUGGCUCCAUUUCAGUUCAGAUUAGCAAUGAUUGAUAGUCAUUAACUUCUGAUAGCUAUAGUGACCCAUAUAAAAGAAGUUUAGUUCCUGGUGGACAGAUGUCUUUGUAUGAAAACUGCCGUAACAAGAAUUAACAGACCUCUUGUUUGGAGUCUCAAAAGACCUAAAGACUGAAAAAGCAUGGGGAUGCUGAGACUGGACACUUCUCCUUCAGUACACACGCCAGAAGAAAUUCAAGCUCAGCUGCAGGGCUUUGCUUAUACUGGGGCUGUCUGCAUCUUAUUAGUCCUUUCUGAAACUUCAAUUUUAUUUCAGUAGUCUGUCAACCUUCUCAUAACCAGCAAGGAAAGGUCAGGAAGGAGCUCUCUAAACUCGUUCAAUAAAACCCAAUUUAUUUGUAAAGAAUAAAUCAUCAGGAAAUACAGAGGUUAAGUACCAGGCAGUUUACUGGCUGACAAGAGACUCACUUAACAUAGGGAAUGAUCAAGGGUACAUGUUGCUAUUAAUCUCAGUUCUGUGGCACUGUAGCCAAAAACCUGUACCACUGAUGCUAUUUGGUUUAUUACCAGCCAAUUUCUGGGGAACAUUGAUGUGUUCUUGCAGUGCUGGGAAAACUGACAAAAAUUGUUCAGUGCACCACUGUCAGUUCUUACUGAGCAAUGGUUAAUACAUACAUUAAUACAUAUAUAUAUAAAAUGUCUUGUUAAUAUGUAUAUGUAUGUUAUAUACGUAUGUGUCUCUGGCAAAGCCAAACAUGGGUGAAGUGCUCUGUCUGCACAGUCUCUGCAGUCUUGGAAAUGUGCUUCACUGUGACAGCCUUCUCAGUUGUGAGUUAAGUAAAAUAUCAGGAAUAUGCAUUAUUUUUAAAAUUUAAAAAUAAACUUUUUUUGCCACUGUGACACACAAGAGAAGAGUUCUCUUGGGAAGGGGUGAGGACAUUUUGUUUAUACUCCUUUUAACCAAUAAUAAUUGGCAGUACAAAGUUCAGAAGAACAAGUGGAUGGUGGAAACGUGUGUUCCUCACAGAGAGACUGAAUGAUAUUUUGUCACUUGGUUCUUCAUUCCCAUUCUCUGGCUAUUUUUGUCAGGAGACGAGUGCAGCACCCAAGUCUGAGUCUACUGGUUCAGUCUCUUGUGGUUGCUGGCUGCAGGUGCUGGCACAGGUGCCUGUGACCAAGGGCCCAAGGAGCUGCCCAGCUCCAGAUUCACACCUUCAGUCAGUAAAUUCCAUAGUGUGGUACCCGGGCUUUAACACUGGCCUCGCAGAACAGAUGCUGCUUCACGUGUUCUCUGCUCCAACCACAGCUUUAGGUCAGUGUUCUGCAUAAUUAAGUGAGCUGCCUUAUUAGAGGGUGCUGCUGCCCAGUAAAUGAUUCUCCCAGUUUAAGUUAUGAUACACAGCAUGUUCACAGGCAGUAACUCAGCAGUGACCAGCAUCUCCACAGUUGUCUUUGAAGAGCUUACAUCCUUCUGGCUGUGUCAUCAGGGAUUCCUGACUGAAUCUCUAGGAUAAAUACAUGAAAUGUCUUCUUAGAUCUGGAAGCUACCUCGGCCUGUUGUAAUCAGUACAAGUGAGGAAGGAGGUAGCCUGAGAAUCUGGAUGCAGAGCAGGAAGGUCCCUCUUUUGCUGGCCUUGGCCAGCUGCUGGAGUAUGGGGACACUGCCUGCAGAGCUUUGCUUGAUGUGGGGGAGGUGGGAGCAGCCCUUCCUCUCAUCCUGCCUUGAGGAUGGGAAGGGGCUGGCUAUGGCCUCCACAGGUUCAGGGAAAGCCAUGCCGAGCAAGAGGGCAAAUGUUUCUGAGCUUGGGUCAGCAAGAUGGUGUGUGGGGGGCACAGAUAACUCAGGGGAUGGAAAAACCCUUUCACCUGCCUGAGCCCUGUGUUCUCACCUACAUGACAGAAGCUCUGAGGCUGGUGGUUUUGAGAGCUAUUAUUUUUAUUUUUUAAUUAUACAUAUGCAUGAAAUUGGAGUACAUUCCAUUACUGCAGAAAGAUGACAGCUUAAGCUGUAUGGAUCACAGAUUUCUUGUAGGAACCAUGACAUGCCUUAAUGCUGAUUAUUAGCACUAGAAAAAGGAACGUUUCCCUGACUGUCAGUAUGUUAUUGUCAAGUGAGAAGUUUUCUGACACUUUGUAAAAUGCCUGUCACAGAUCAUGAACCUGCAAUAUUUUAAUGAACCCUCAAAUUUUCCCUAAGCAUUUUAAGGAAACAUUAGUCAACCUAAUAAACUAAAUGUACACUGCAGAAGUGUGAGGAGUAAUAAAAUUUAAACAACAGGACUAACAGAGUUUCUUUAUUUUGGUGUGUGUGGUGUGAAAGAGGUGAAGGAAGGCCUUCAGAGCACAGGAAUUUAGGAGAUAAAAAUGCUCAGGACAUUUCUCUGAUCACCUUUAGAAAUUGCAGCAUGAUGUGAGUUGGUGGCACAAUAUAAAACCUCUGGACUCUCAGGUUCUCGUGCUGUGAAACCAAACAAAGACAGAAACCAAAGCACUUGCUGUCUGGUGGCUGAUGGUGGAAAUGAAUGUAUGAGCCCACUGGCCAGUGGACAGGCCUUCACACCAUUCACCUCACGUAAGAUGGUACCAAAGGGAGCGAGGCCAAGAGAUGUUUAUUGCUUUCUCAUGCCCCUUUGCAAUUUGAUUUCCCCUGCUCGAAAUUUAAAUGCUUUAAAGGUACAAAUGGGAGAAGAGUUGGUGGUGUUUUUUUCAUUGCCUGGGCUAAAGUUGUCACUUGAUUCAUCGGAGAGCUUUCUCCUUUUUUGUGGGAACUAAAUUUUGGCAUAUACCGAGUGGGAUUUAGGUGCCCUCUAAACAUAUCUCAAUUCUGAGUGUGGAUUUCUGAGAACCCUGGAAACAGAACAGGAUUUUUGCCCUUAGUCAGUCUAUUUCUGACCAGUCCCAGUUGCCAAAUAUGACACUUCCCCAGUUUCUACCUCAUGACACGUCAGCCAGCUGGGCCCAGCCCUGGUCUCUCCCUUCCCACUGCAGGUGUCCAUGCUUCCCUGAACUGUGGGAAGGGAGGCUUCCCUGCAGCGAGGCGACAGCUGCCAGUGUCCAGCUCCCUGCUGCUCCAACAGCUCCCUGCUGACCCAUGUUCUCAGUUCCUUUUUCUCAGUCAGACGCUGUGGCUGAGGCUGGACACUGGGAGCUGCAUGGCACCUGCUGGGGAUCUCAUCAGAGCGGAGGCUGUCACUGCACGGUCCCAGCCCCCACGCUGCGGGUGCCCAGCGUGUCCCUCCAGCCUCGCCUGCUCCUGCCAGCCUGAAGCCAGCCCCGUGGCACAAAUGCCCAAGACUCUCCUAGGGAGCUACGCUGGGUUGGUGCUGGGUUUUUACGUGUUUACAAUUUUUUAAUCUUUGUAAUUCUUUUAAAAAUCUGUCUGCAGUGACUCUAGAGUUUACUGACUAAGAAAGCAACUGGUUUAAUCUUGUAAAACUCUGACCCACAACGGGGUGAAACAUCACAGUACAUCAUGAGCUGUUCAAUAGUGCGUUUGAUGCCUUAUUACAAUCGCAGCCGCGUUCUGUACGGAGUCGAAAAUAAAAGUCUAUGAAGCUGA